AUGGCAUGGAGAGGAAACAUUUCGAGGUCUCUCAAAGAGCUCAGGAUCCUUCUCUGUCAAUCUUCUCCAGCUAGUGCUUCCGCUAGAACGUUCGUUGAGAAGAAUUACAAAGAUUUGAAGUCUCUAAACCCCAAAUUCCCAUUCCUGAUCCGCGAAUGUAGUGGGAUCCAGCCUCAGAUGUGGGCAAGAUAUGAUAUGGGUGUGGAGAGGUGUGUAAACCUGGAUGGCAUGAGCGAGCCACAGAUUCUGAAGGCUCUUGAAGGGCUUGUGAAAGCCCAAGGAGCUACGAAAGCCUAA